UCUAGUCACCACCAUAACCUCCCGCAAACCCUGGUCUCUCCCAUUCAGCAGGUAGCUGUGGUCUGACAACAUGAAUGCGUUUCCCGCUCUGCUUCUAUUCUGGGGAUUGGUGCCGGGCUCAAGAGCCACUUGUACCACGGCCUAUGGGGAUAAAAUCCGCUACUGCAAGACUUUUCAGACUGAUUACAUUGAAGGUAUUGAAAUUCUCAUUUUCGAGGAAAGGGAUGUUGGACGCAUCAAUUCAUCCGUAUUUUCAAGCGCCAAUUUGAAGUCCGUGCUGAGUCUGACCCUGAAGGGCAGCAAAAUCCACACCAUCGAAUCGGGAGCCUUUCAGCAAUUUCAGAGUCUCAGCAACAUGGAGCUGCAGGAUAACAGCCUGACAACCCUGUCCCCAUCUUGGUUUCAUGAUCCGGCCACUUUGAAAAAUCUCACCGUGGCCAGCAAUGCGAUAGGACGUCUGCGUCUGGAGAUGCUGGACGGAUUCUCCAACUUGGAACGGCUCAAUCUCAGCAGGAAUCGGAUCACGUCUAUCCACAGCGAGAGCUUCUGGAACUUGUCCAAGAUGGCUUCCCUGGACUUGUCUUACAAUAAGAUUUCAUCACUUCAGCGGCAGACACUGAGUCCUUUCAAUGGCACUUUAAGACUGGGCGGCAAUCCUUGGAAUUGUUCCUGCGCCCAUAAGGAUUUCAUACUUUUUCUGACAGAGCUGGCGAAUGCCUCCAGACUGGCCGACCCAUCCUCCGUGACGUGCCGCUAUCCACCAGACCUAAUGGGAGCCCCAGUGUGGAACGUCUCUGAGAUGAACUGCUCUUCGGACACUCUACCUCCUUCACCAGAAGCCACCUUCCAUAAAGUGGUGUUGCCUGUGCUCUUCGCGGUGUUAGGUGGCCUCUUCUUCUCCAUGAGCAUGUGGUUGAUCGUCUGUAUCCUGACGAGCCGCUGCAAGAACAAAGUGACCAACGUGGCCGACCCAGAAUGUCCCGUGCAGCAGCGCCCUGAGGACUGCCCAGAACCGCACCGUGGCCUUAAAGGACACCUGGCCGAUCACAUACUGGUCGGGUCAUUGCCUCCAUGCUAUGUCAAAGCUUCUGAAAUCAGAUCUACAGUGCGGACCGUGCCCCCCCAUAAUGAUGGAAGCCCCAAUGGCGAGGGAAAGGACUCGGACAGGCUUCUCCCUUCAGAUUUAAGAUCCAGUAACUCCGAGCCGCUGGUUUACUCUGUAGACGUAAGUGCGCCGGUAUUGAAUGCAUUUGCCUUUAAGACGUCUGGCGGUAUAGUUGCGUGUCAGGCUCCAGUGAGAGUGCAUCCGGCCCCUGAUUUAUACAAGCAAGACCCUAUCAACCCAUCAUCGACCAGCAGUACGCUUCAUAUGGAGGCCGCAAGGUUUUAUCUUUUGGGAAAAAGUAAUUCUGAAAACGAGACCAGUGUACAUGGAAACCCUGGUGAUAGUCUUACUGGGGAAACUGGGCUUGUAACUUAUUUUGAAGCCCAUAUUAACUCAAUGAAAAAUUCCAAAAACGUAUCCAAAACAGAAGGAAGUGAUCCAUCAUCCGAACAACAGGUAUCCAGCAGCCGUAAUGGAAAUCCUUUCACCUUUGGUAAGAAAUGUAAGACCUGGAGCGCUUUCUGCGUUCUUCAAGACAAGGUCACUAUGAAGCCUUCAGAGAUUCCUGAUAUUCCCGAGAAAGAUAUCGAUGCAUUUGUAGGAAAGGGAGAUUUGAGCGAAGAAGGUGAUUGUGAAAGAGAAGCAGAAAGUUCACGCACAAGUCAGGAGGACAAGGAAAGAGAAGAGCUCUCCAAGCCAAAUCAUGUGGACAUGAGACCUGGUGACGAUGAAGGAUCACCACACAAAGAUGCCACCAGUGGUCGAAACCUAUUGGUAUCCAAAGACGAUCUGUCCGAAUCCAGAGCUGAAGAAGGUCCAUGUAGACAUCAGCACCAAGGGCCAUUAAGGAAGAAUCUGACCACGAAACCUAAAGAGAGCAGGUCCUCGGAGCAUGAAAGGUUUUGGAAAUACCAUAAAAAUUGUUGCAAUGCGCUUGAGCCGUGUCAGACCGCAUCAAAAGUCCUGAGACAGCUGAAAAUGGGACCAUGGGAAACCAAGGGAGUAGAGCAAGAGCUGCCCCCUGAUGAGGAGCUUCUGGAAGGAAGGCAAUCAUUGCCUCUUUUGCUCUCCAAACCCUGUAAAGGCCAGAUCCCGACAAAUCCAGCAAUUUCUUCCAAGAAGACUUCUGUCAGUUCGCCCGACCUAAAUGUAUAUGAAAAUAAUAAUCCCAGCCUCAUUUCUGCUAAUUCACAGUACACGGAACCAGUUCAAGAUGAAACUGGUAAAGAGAACGCCACAGAAGGUGUCGCGGUAUGUAACACAGAUCUUCCAGUCAUUGACUUAUCAGCAGGGGCCAUGGUAAGCAGUGAAAGACUGGCAGAAGCUUCACCGUGUAAGACAAAUUUGCCCAAUGAAGAUGUUCUGACUAAGGAUUUCAUCAGGGGAGGAGAGGGAUUAUAUGAUGUAUCUGGUAAUCUUGGGCCAAAUUGCAGUGACGUUGCCCCUGAGAACUCUGCAGGAGAGUGGUAUAGCAAAGGACAAGAUGCUUCACCUUGCAAACCGGAUCUACAAGUCUUAACUAUCAAAGCACAAGAUCUUGUAAGUUAUGAUGGGAACAGCGAAGCUCUUCCAGACAUCAGUGCUCCAUGUGGAGGAAUGUUACGAGAAGACAAGAUGUCCCAAGUGGUGUCCUCUAGUAAUCUAGAACUCCCAGCCAUUAACCUCCAAACAGAGGGUCCCUUAACGACUGAAAUUGGGUACAGCUUGUCUUCUAGCAACCUUCAUCUACCAAUCAUCGAUGUUUCAGCUGGAAGUAAUACAGUAGCACAAGAUGACAUGCUGGUUAGCAAGGUCCAAGAACAGAGUGUUGUAAGAGACAAGAAGUUCAUUGAUGUAUUGUCAGGUCUAUCAGAUGUUCCUAUCCUUCACAAGGAUCGGAUACCCAAUGAAGUUGAUCUUCCCACCGCUGAUGUCCAAUCAGAAGGUCUUGUAAUAAGUGAAAGCAACCCAGAUGAUGUUGUGCAUUGUAAUCUAAGUUUACUAUCUAUUUCUGAAGAGGCUAAAACAUCAGGAGAAUGCAAAACUAUUAAACAAAGAGGUAGCCAGACAGUAAAAGCUAAAAGUUGUCCCAUCCUUUCCGUAAUGCUUGAUAAUCAAGAUAGACACCCAAGCUAUAACAGAGGAAGGCUUAAAUCUAAACCAGACUCACAGGCCAUACCUGUUGCCAGGGAUCCAAGAAGCAACAUGACGACCCAACCAGAUGCCACAACAUUUGAAACCAGUCAAGACUUUCCAUGUAAACCAGUAGAAACCAUGAACACUAGCAGCCAUGAGUCUCCAUUGUCCACUGAGGAGCAGGAUCUGAGCUCAGGUGGCUUUUCUGAUAUUAACCUCCCUACUGAAACCCAACUUACACCUUCUGGUUCUUACUCCAUCUCAAUUCAAGAUGGUGAUGAGAUUUCAGCAUGGCCGAACACUGUAGAUAUCUUAAAACGAUCAAGUACCAUAAGCUUGUCGUCGAAAUAUGAUAUCCUGGAGGCUUCUACAGUUCCUCAAUGUAAAGAUGACAGUGACCAUUGCACCGUGUUAGAUAAUGGACACAAUGCGGUCAACAGUGACAUUAGUACUUGUGGAGCAGACAGUCUCAGUAAUAAAAGUGUCCUCCAAGAGUAUGACCACAAAGAUGAAAGUGACAAGAAGGCCUCCUGUCCUGAAGAGCUUAGUAGCAUAGCUGGGGAAAAAGACAUGGGUCAGAACACUCUUCAUACAUGUAGCACAUUGGAAGAUCUGUUGGAAAGGCAUUCAGAAAAUCAGAUGACCGAUGCUCAGCGACCACCCCAACAUUAUAACAUGGAGAGAGUAGUGAUGAAUGAACAAACAAAUCUAAAGCAAACAUCCAAUGUUGAAGAAAUAGUGACUGGUAAGGACGCAGAAGAAUGUAGAAAAGAAAGCUCAGAUAUUAUAUCUCAUGAUGGAUCAGAAGAUGUUGCGUGUCACCAUUUUUCUUUAGUCUUGAAUGGACAAAGAGAAGACCCUGAUGAACAGGAAGAUCCUUUGAAGGAUGUAUCUUCUUCUCUUGCUACAAUGGUCCAAAUAAGUCAACAUGAGGCUCCUAGAAGUAAAGAUAAGAUGAUGAAAAGCCAAAAGAAUAAUAGUGUAACUGGUAAUGAUCAAGGCAUCCAUAACAUAAGGCAAGACGAUACACAAACUGAAUGCUGUACUAGUAGUCUAGAUAUGUCCUAUGUUAGCCAUGAAGAAGACAGUCAUAUAGAAACUGAUCAAUUAGAUGAUCUUGUUGGAAACGACUGCAAAUCUGCAGAUUCAUUGACCUGCAGGCAACAAAAACUGAAGAACAAUCAGGAAACCAGGGAAGGAGACACAAUGAAAGAAACGCACAAUUCUGAUUCAGAAGACCAGUCAAGUCUUCGGCCAAACUUGUCAAGAAGUAAAGAUGUGACCAAGAUCAGAAAAAAUAUCGGUGCCCGAAAGACUGCUCCAUGCACUCAAGACAUUGGACAAGACCUUAAAGAUUACAUUUCAACCAGACUUUCAAGGAGACCUUUCCAAUCUGUGUUUCCAGUAUCUGAAAAGACUCAAUGUCUGGAAGAUGACAGCAACUUGAAUGCCUUUCCUUUAGAAGAAAAGCAAUUCAACAACGUCACAGAAAUAACAAACCCUGCAAAUAUGGUGUCUAGUAGCAUAAGGCAAACCAACGGUGACACUGAGAAGUCCUUGAAGAUGACCGAUGCUAUUAAAUAUCUUACCUACUUGUAUGCCAGGAGUCCGAGGCCAGAAAUCACUUGUGGAGUCCCAAUAGAUGACACAGCUAUAGAUGAUAUUCGUGUCUUAGCAAAUCUUCAAUUCUGUAAAGUAUCUGGAGGGUUUAUAGAUGAUGCCAAAGUCCCAGAGACUGUCAGAGAAGCAGCAGAAGAUCCUAAAUUAACCUCGUCUAAACCAGAUAACCUAUACAUACCUCCAAGUAAGGAGGAACUGCAAGCAGAUGAAGAACUGGCUGUCUUGCAUGUCAUGUAUACCUUAAAGAAGAGUCUGGAACUUUCCGCCAGUUGUGAACCUGAUAACAGAACUGAUAUGUAAUCUUAUUGAAAUGCUUCAUGAAAAUUUGCAGUAUGUAGAAGUCUUAUUGAUUCUUUUCGAGCCCUCUGUCUAGA